AUCGGACUUACAUCGAUAAAUGUGCUACAAACGUUAUAAAUAAAUAUAAAAUUAUUAAAGUAAAAUUAAGAUUGAAAAAAAAUUAAUUGAAGUUUAAAAUGCAAAGAAUUAGUUCCUGUUAUUUUAAAAGUUUAUCAAAAAAUUUAUUUAAUUUAAAUAAUAGUUUAAUUAGAUUUAGUAGUACUAGUAAUCAAGAAACAAUUAGAAUACCAAAAAAUCCACUAACUGAUAAACAUUCAGCAAGUUUCCAACCAGAUAAUGGAGCGAUAUAUGAUAAAAAACCGUUCAAAAUGGUUUGUGAAAAGGGCAAAAAAUAUGCUUGGUGUCUGUGUGGAAAAUCGAAAACUCAACCUCUUUGCGAUGGAACCCAUAAGAGUAUUUUUCUUAAAAUAAAAAUAAGACCAGUUCGAUUUGAAGUUGAUGAAACCAAAGAAUAUUGGAUGUGUAAUUGUAAACAAACUGGAAAUCGUCCAUUUUGUGAUGGAACUCAUAAACAAGAGCAUAUUCAACAAGCAGUUAAAUAAUUUUUUUAUUAAUUUAUAAGUAGAUACAUUUAAAAAAUA